AUGUCUAGCGAUAACCAAAAUGCUGAUUUAAAUUCAGAUGGUAAACCAUAUCACACGCAUGGAGAUCAUAAAGAGAAAGAUGAUAAAUGUUCAACUGGUAAAUGUGAGCAUAGUCACGACGAAAAAGAUCACGUUCCUCAUCAUGGUCAUGAUAAUCAGUACCAUAAAGAUUUAAAAGGCUCGAUUGGUAGUGGUUCGGCAACACAUAGUGGCGAUCAUAAAAAGGAAUCUUGUCAAGAUAGUAAAUGUGACAAGCAUUAG